CACCCAACUGCCCCUCCGUGUUUGAAGGCCCGGUACCCCGGUGACGUGCCACAAGCGGAUCCCAUGUUGUUGUUAUCAACCUGAUGUGGCGAGCAAUGAUCCUCCAUCUUUGUCAGACUAUGAUUUGCGAGGUCCUCCCGCGAGACGGCGAGGAUGACUUGUUGAGGGAAUAUAAGAAGCGAGCUUCGGCAGCGGUGCAGGAUAUCGUCGAUUUUACGAAUUGGCUGUGCACAUUGAACUCCUUGAAGGUUCAUCCUCUGACGAUGAUUCCUUUGUCGCUAUGCGUCGAGUUCUUGGUUCUAUCUCACAAGCCUGGAGAUCCGGUCAUGAAGCCGUUGCAGGACAUCACGGAGGCGAUGCGUGGCUUAAAACGGCUCAACAACCUUGGUCAGCCCGUCUUACAGCUUGUAGAGGAGCAAAUCCUCGCAGGGACAUUUGAGUCUUCUCCUGCUCUCUAAUAUCUUGAUCUUUAUCAGUAUGAAUCGCCAAGUGUUGAGCAACCUCAUGCGAGCCAAGGUGACAGACAAUGUAGGUAGAUUGGUGUAAGGUAGAGACAGACGAGGUCCUUCCAUACGUGUUCGGAAUACCAAAUUGGCUAUCUGCGAAUCUGUGUAACGUGACCAAGCUUCUGUGUUGCUCCCUCGUGAUGUCUCGAAAAAGUUAGAAGACCAAGUUCUGAUCAUGCUUAAUCUCACAUUAG